UAUCUAAUUAUUUCUUUCCCAGGUCAAAUCCACGGUGACCUCAGUGAUUUGAACGUUUUAGUCGAGGAACGCCAUUCAUCUGUUCAACUAGAAUCCAAUAAUCAAAGCAUAACAUCGCAAAAGGAUAAACCAGAUUUCGUUAUAUCAGGAAUAAUCGAUUUUGCCGAUGCCAGUUUUUCAUAUUUUAUAUUUGACAUUGCCAUAGCUAUAGCUUUCAUGAUGACUAGCAGCAAACUGGUCGAUGCAAUGGAUGUCAGUGGCCAUACAUUAGCUGGCUAUUUGUCGGAAUUUCAUAUGAACUCAACUGAACGUAAUGCUUUGCAUUUGUUAAUCUGUAGUCGAAUAUCCCAGACUUUGGCAAUUGGUUGGUACACCUAUGUAAAAGAUCCUUCUAAUGAUUAUCCCUUGGUAACAGCUGCCAAUGGCUGGCCUCUGCUUCACAGUAUUUGGAAGAAACCAAGAGAUGAAAUUGAAAAGGAAUGGGAUUUCAUCAUUAAAUCUUACGAAGAACACUGAGAUGGCAGAAUAAUUACAAUAUACGACAAA